AUGACUGGCCCGGAAUGGCUUCAAUUCCAGCACGUCCUCAUGAUCGUGUUCGUCUUCAUUUCGAUUUUAUUCAACGCUUGUCUCAUCACUUUAAUCCAAAGAAAGUCGCCGAAAAACUUGGGUCCAUAUAAGCAUCUCAUGAUAUUCAUUUCGGUGUUUGAGAUCAUCUACUCCAUCAUGGACUACCUGGUCCUUCCGAUCAUGCACUCCUUCGGAUCCUCAUUCUUCAUCAUGACGCCUGUCAAUAUUAUCAUGUUCGGCAAGCCGACAGCGCUGAUUAUGCAGGCGGCUUGGUGCGGAUUCUUCGGCGCUUCCAUGGCAAUAUUCGGAAUUCACUUUGUUUAUCGCUAUCUCGCAGUCACUGGGUACAAAAUUUCAGAUCCCUGGGCACUUUUUUUAAAAUGUUUUCAGAAGCACUUUCAUCUCCACGUUCAAAGGUUUCAAAAUUCUUUUUUGGCUGUCAAUCCCGAUUGCUUACGGGUGCAUUUGGGGCUUGGUUUCUUAUUUUUGUUGUGGGCCGAAAGAUGAGCUGUCAGCCUACAUCAGGUGAUUGUGGACUGAUGAAAGUGGAAUAUGAAUACUGUUCAGGGAGAAUCUGAUGGAAUCCUUCGAGUUGUCAGUCGACGACGUCGUCUAUAUCGGCAUAUACUUGUAUACGGAAAACGGAGACUUUCUCCUGGACUCUGAUGUGAUCAUAACGCUAACAGGAGCCGUAGUUCUCAUUGUGGGUUCAUUUUCCCGUCAGCUCUUCUCUUCACUUUAUUUCACUUCAUUUCAUUCAUUCAGGGAUCCUCCCUCUUCACCAUCUUCUACCUCGGCUUCAAAUGCUACCGAGCCCUGACGGACAACGGUCAUUCUCAGCAUUACCGUACCCUCCAGACGCAGUUCUUUCUGGCCCUCGUGCUCCAAACCGUCAUCCCCAUUACACUUAUGCACUUUCCAUUUCUCGUCAGUUUCUCGGGUGCUCUUCUGAAUUAUGGAAUUGGAAAACUGAGCAACUUGGUCUCGAUCACGAUUGCGUUUUACCCGGUCGUUGACCCAUUGCCCACCGUGUUCAUAAUCAAAAACUAUCGAGUGGGGCUGAAGGAGUAUUGUCUGUUUCCAUGCAAAUUUUUCAAGUUGUACAUAAGCGGAGUUGCGAAGAGCGAAGCAGUAUCGACAGUUUCCAGAAGGAUAUCAACUGCAGAGUAUGCGAAAGAGAUGAUGAUGUUGUGA